UUGUUCGCAGUUCCAAAGAGCACUAUUAUGAAAGCAGCCAACGCUUUGCAAGAUAACCUAAUUGAUACAGAGAAGAGAAGGGAAAACAAGUUGGAUUUAUGUUUCUGACUUCACGGUUUGAAAGCAAACGUUAAGUUGGCACAACUAUGACUGCAGAAAUUUGGGACGUUAUUAUUGUUGGCGCUGGACUAUCUGGACUGAGUGCAGCUCAUUUGCUCAGAAAAAGGAAUGCCAAGUUGAAAAUACUGAUACUGGAAGGAAAAGAUCGGGUGGGAGGUCGCACAGUGUCCACUGAAAUACCAGCAGCCAGUGGUGUUGAUCGCUGGGACAUGGGAGGGCAGUGGGUAGGAAGCACCCAAACACAUGUCUUGGAGCUCAUAAAGGAGCUGGGCUUAGAGACCUUCCCGCAAUUCAAUGUUGGCAAGAAGGUGCACCACAUGGGAGGGCCAGAUGCCAAAGUUCGCACUUACAGAACCAGUAUCCCUGCUCUAUCCCCAGUGGUACUAAUGGACCUCACCCAGCUUCUGUGGAAGAUUGGCAGAUUGUGUGCCACAGUGUGCGUCGAGGAUCCUUCGAGGACUCCCAAUGCGGUUGAACUGGACAGCAUGACCCUGCACUCGUACAUGGAGCAACAUGCUUGGACUGCAGAACUAAAAGAGGAGAUGGGACUGUGUAGCAGGUCUGUCUUUGGCAUGGAGCCAUCCCAGAUGUCCUUCCUAUUCUUCCUCAUGUAUGCUGCAGCAGCUGGAGGGGUACUGCAACUGCUGGAGAGUGCUCCAGGUUCAGCACAAGAACUCAAGAUAAAGGGAGGCACCCAACAGCUUUCACAGUGUCUGGCAGACCGUGUUGGGUGGAAGAAUGUCCGGCUGGGUUCUGCUGUGACGGCCAUAUGGCAGGAUGCUGAGUGGGCCAAGGUGACAACCACCACCAACACCUUCUUGUGCAGAGCUGUGAUUGUCACCAGCCCCCCUCACUUGGCAGCAAAGAUCCACUACCAUCCAGCCCUGCCCAGCCAGAGAGAAUUUCUUACCCAGAACAUGCCUGUGGGCCACAUGAUAAAAUUCAUUAUUACCUACCAGACGGCUUUUUGGAAGGAGAAGGGCUUCUCUGGAGAAAUAGUGGCAGGAUCCUCCAGUGAGUGUCCAUUCUGUGUUACAUUUGAUGCCACCAGCCCCAGCGGUAAUGCUGCUUUGGUAGGCUUCAUUGCCGGCCAGCAGGCUUCUCGAUGGAGCUCCGAGGAGGGUGGGGAGAGAAGAACAGCUGUGUUUUCCAGUCUGGUCAAAUACCUAGGUCCUGAAGCUGCAUCUUUCCUCCACUACGAAGAGAAAGACUGGGCUAAGGAGGACUACAGCGGGGGCUGCCCUGUUAAUGUCAUGGCACCAGGUCUGCUAACAUAUUAUCACCCCAGCCUGAGGAACCCCUUUGGCAGGAUCCACUGGGCAGGCACAGAGACAGCCACCCUGUGGUGUGGGUACAUGAGUGGUGCUGUACAAGCUGGUCAGCGAGCAGCUCUGGAAGUACUGGCUGAACUCUGCCCCAUGACCCUGACCCAGGAGGAGCAGGAAGCAAUGCAGCACAGUCAAACUAUCAAGGGUGCUGCAAAGCAAACACCAUCAUCUAAACGUGUGUACCAGUUCACAAAAAAGACUAUGGUCAUAGCAACACUGGCAAUAGGUGCAGCUCUCCUGCUGGCUCAGAAUCAAAUUGCAUUGCUAAAGGUCAAAACUGCCUUGACGAAGGUAUUUCAAACAACCAGGCACAAUAUUUUCCUAUUGUAACAGACCUGUAAAGCAGGUGUGCAAUUCGACUGACUACUGACUGUUUUGGUUUUGGUUUUCACAUACUGCCUAUUUCACAGCAAAGUUUGAAAGUUAAAGUCAAUUACAAUAUUGUCAUUAGGCCUAUAUUGUACCAUAUGAAAUUAUAUUAUACUAUUGGUAAAUUGUGGCAUUGCUCAAUAGGUUAUAUCAAAAUUACUCUAUAUUGACUUAGAGUGUGCAGAUAAAUGACAAAGUGCUUUUUAAGCAUUUGAGGCAUGUUCUCUGCCAUGUUGUUUCUUACAGUACAAUUAUAUUGCGGUAUAACAAUUUACAUUAUGAGUUGUUGAUUUUCAUUUACAUUAACAUUUAUUUUUCGUUUUUAAUACAAUUAUUUUUAUUAGGGACCCUCACUUUCAUUUUUCUUUUAUCAUUUGCUCAUAAAAGAUUAUAAGAAUUCUUUUCUGUAGCAAUACCUACAGAAAUCCACUGGAGAUAUUUGCACCUCAUGUCAUUUGCCUUUUCAACAUUGACAAUUGUGUCCAUAAAAUUUAGGAUGUGCUUUUAAGCUUAGGGCUUCACAGCAACCAUGUUGAAACCACUUUGCAGUGGGAAAAUGGAGCUUUUCAUAAAGCAUGCCUUACAUUGAGCCAUAAAACCUGCCUGAGUGGCUUGGAGCACAGCCACACAUGCGUUUGUGCGCCCACAAAACCACCAACAGACAUACGAAUGAGCAUAAGAUGGAUGAAUCAGUCACACAAUGACAACGUCCCACAGAAAGUGAUUUAAUCGCUAUCACUUGAUUGCACAGUCGAUUGAAAGGAUUUUCUAAACGCCCAUUGAUCAUUGGAUGGUAGUCUGUGACUCCAUUGGUGCCAUGGCUUGCUAUUUGUCUUUGUUGCACUGGAUAUACUGCCUGUUCUCCCCAGCUUCAUUUAAGCCAAUACAGGCUGAGUCUAGAGUCUAGUCUAACCGUGAUCUGUGACCGAUGGAGGAGCAUCUUGGCGGCAGGGAUUUAAAUCUUUAACUGAAAAUGUCUGGGAAAAGAAAAUCUUAAGUGUGGGUGCACUUUGAAAUAGUAAAAGAUGAUGCAAAGUAAGAUGCAAGUUGUGUGCCACUGCCCGAUACAGGAGCACAGAAGUAAAAGAAGUCGAGAGCCUGCAGCAGGACAGACUUUUGCUCUGUGCGCUCCGCUUCUCGUCACCGAGGGUGCAUGCCAGCUGCUGACUGCUUGAGUGACACGCAAGCGCGUGCUCCAAACAACUUUCAAUUCAUCUUCUCCAGCCCUGCACCACUUAUGCAAUAAGAAGCUACUCUUUACGGUUGCAUGUUUUCAUACAAAAGGUGCUAUACACACAACCUGAAGAAGUCUGAAUGCUUACUAUGUUUACCAAUUUUAUUGUUAAAAAAAAAAAAAAAAAAAAGCCAGCAGCCUUUCAUAUAUCACAGAGGAAAUGUGUUU